GCGUGGAUAGUCAUAAGGCGCGCUCGCCGCCUGCCGCCCAUUCCGCCGCGAGUCGCCGGCCACGCUGCACGUACGUCGCGACCAUGAUCGAUUACGCGCGCCCCUUGUACGACCAAAACAUGCCUUGCGAACUCUACUUCCCCUCGACGUCGCCCGCGCCCGCGCGCCUCGACGACUUCCAAGUCUUUAAGAAGGGUACCGCUUCCCACAUUUACGGGAACUACUACUCCACCCCGACUUACGACUCGUACGCAGAACCAGAGAUCGACAAUGCGAUGAACGUGUACCACAGCCUCGUCACCUGCCGCGAGUAUCCGCGGGACAACAGGGAUGACUGGAAGUACAAGGUUGUGGACGCCUGGACCGAGGACGACACCGUGUCCUGGAUGAUCGAUACUGUACAAUGCAUGGGAUACUGUGAAAAUGAAAUACCCUUCUACAACUUCAGAGUCAAAGGAUUCGAGAUGAGGAGCAUGAAGAGAGAAGAUGUGUUACACAGGAUGGUGCACCCCAACAUCGAUCAGAACAUCUCCAGGCGGAUAGCAGACAGUGUAUUUGAGAAGCUGCACAGCCGCCUCAACGAGGAAAUAUUGCGUCAGUCCUCUAUCAUAAGAUACGCCGAGUGUGACCCUUACCACAGCCACGAGUCUGUCAACACAGUGCUGGAUUUGGACUCUUUGGACCACAAGAAUAGAAGCUACGGCUCAGAUUACACUCCCAACGACAGCAUUCUCCUCCACCAGACAGACUCGAGCGACGACCAAGAAGAUGUAUUCCGCUCGUCAGAGACCGCGUCUCCGGAAUGCUCAUAUGGAAGUGACGGAAGCAAGUCCGGAGAUGAAGAAGACAAAAGGAAAAUAUUCAAAAGACCGCCGGGGAGACCGAAAGGUAGCGGUCGGAAGACACUCAAGCGCCCCAGAAGCGUUUCUGUUCCCGAGUUCUUGCGGAAUUUACUGUUGGACUCCAAAUACUGCCCAUCUAUCAUUAAGUGGGAGGAUCACUCUCAGGGAAAGUUCAGGUUUGUGAAGCCAGACGAGGUGGCGAAGCUGUGGGGCCACAUGAAGCAGAACGAGAACAUGACGUUCGAGAAGUUCAGCCGCGCCAUGAGGUACCACUACCGGCAAUCGGUGCUGGUGUCCGUGCCCACCGCGCGCCUCGUCUACCAGUUCGGCCACAAGGGACCCGACUUCAAAACCGACAACCCUAACUUCGUCAAAGUGAAAUCAGAAAACCUUAGCGAUAUCACGUAUUCUUAGUUUAAAUUAAGAAACAUUUAGGCUACAAAUUUGUUGAAAGUCGAUGCUCAGAGUAAGAUAAAGAGUGAUAUGUCAAUGGUUACGAUUAGUAGGAUGUUGUCCAUGGAGAUUGGUUUGAAGGAGAAUACGAAAUACAGUAAUAGCAUGUAAGUUAGGGAGCUGGUGGAACCGGAGUCGUUGAUGUUUGGUGCGAGAACAACAACGUGGCGAUAGCAGAUGAGAAUGUUAAUGUUAUAGAUGCGACGAUUUGUCGUGGUCAGACAUCAAAAGAUACUUCCACAAGCUCAUUGUUAAUUCCAAGGGCAUUUCUCAAUGAGAAGGAAUAGUUAUAAUAUGGUUGUUCGAAAUGAGAAGAGAUCACCUCCGUGGUCAAAAAAUGGUAAAUUUGUCAGCAUGACGUCACGUGACGAUCAGUGGCAUCAUGAAGCGUUACAUUGAGCUGUUGUCUUGCACUUUUGAUAUUAGAAAUUAUUAAAUUAAAGUAAUUACUUAAUGAUUUGAACAAUUGUUGUUCCUAGUUUUCUUAUGACACUAGUAUCUAUUAUAACUAUAAUCUUCUUUGUCUCGAUGUAUGUUCUAGAUUAACAAUACCAUCUCGAUGGUAAUAAAUUGUAUUCGACCAUAAUUUUGAAUGGAGGUGGUCUCACAGUUAGGUGUUUUUGAAAAGUUAUAUGAAUGUAAUUAGGUAAGCUAGGCUCAAUGUUCGGAUCGAGUUAGUUUCAAUGGUUGUACUCGUGGAUGUCGGAUCAAUUACUUGUUGGAUAUGAUUGCUUGGAAACAGAUCGGUUGGAUUGUCCCGUCAAUUAACUCGUACCGUUUGGUAUAUCCAUAUUAUUUUUUAAGUAACUUUAUUGGUAUUUUAUUCUCGAUGUACGUUUGUACUUUCGAACAAAAAUUUUGAUGGUUGUUUACUUAGGAAACAUUACGAAUUUUUGAUAAAGUAUUUUUAAUUGUUGUUACCGUAUGAUACGUGUGUGUAAUACGUGGUGUGUUAUGAUAAUGCGAACAUUCCAAUUAAUUUAUAAAUAAUAAUCUAAUUUGAUAAGUGUCCAGUUAAUUUUAAUAAUGUUAAGCAUAUUUCGAGUUGCCAUAUGUAUUAUAUACGUAAAAUGAUAAUGUACUUAAUUUCACGUUUCUUUCAAUUCAUGUCAUCUCGCGACCUCUAAUGUUUCAUCAUAAGUUUCAUCUCUAAAUGUAAUUAAAGUAAAUUUUAUACUGUUAUUUAAAAUUCCCGUCUCAGUGUUAGUUUAAAAUUUUAAAAUAUUAAGAUAAAAGGCGCAUUUGUGCAAUUAAAAAUAAAAUGACAAAAAAGAUCUGCAGGCCAAAGAUUAGUUUGACGGAAAGAGUUUUUUUUAAUAUAAGUAUGAAAUAAAUUACAAGAUUUUGACAAUUUAUUUUUAAUAUUUUCUAGUGUUUAAGUUUGCGAUUCUCAGGCACACGCUGUGAUGUAAGAUAAAAUUAAAACAUUGUUUCUCUGUAAAUAGUUCCUUCAGACAUCACUAACAACUCUUCAAUUAACUAAUAUUGUUAUGUAGAUAGCCAUAUAUUUUAAUAAUGAACAGAUGAUAAUCUGUAACCAACGACAUCUAUGGACUAAAAGUUGCUUUAUUCAAAUGUUACAUCGAAAAUUAAACUCUAUUGCAAAUGGUUAAGACAUAGAUCUCGUUGAUUUAAAUAUACUUUCUUUAUUUCACAGAAACUAAUAUAUUUAUUGAGAGUACAGAUAUUAAUAUUAACAGUAAGGUUGAUUUUAUAUUUUAUUUAUUUGUUAUAAUAAUGACAGUACAAAACCUGUGUCUUAAAGAACAACGAUAUAACUCUACCGUAGAAAUAUACGAUUAUUUUGAAUUUCUUGAUAAAACUAAGUUAUGGCUAUUCUAUUGAUGUAGAAUUUAAAAUUUUUUUGCUGCAGUAACGUGGAUUAGCUUUGGGUAAUAAUUUCCCUUACAAUUCGUUAAAACCAUUUCUAAAUUCGCUUUUAUAUAGAUCCUAUGUACUUACGAUAAUACUUUGUCAUUAUUCGCUGUCAUUUGUUUGACAAUGCAUGACUCUACAAAAGUAGAGUUCUAAUAUAAAGCAUUUAUCGUUAUGUGUUUUAGACAAAUAUAUAAAAUCUAGCAUAAUAUUUUAGUCUCAAAGUUAGUCCAUUCUGAAUAUUGUGAGCUACGAAGGUGCAUAAUUCCAGUUAUUAAGUAUUUAUAGGCGUUAAACGUUUUGUUUCGUAUUACGUUCUUAUAUUUUAAGAUAUAUUUUUUCUUUAAUUCUAAGGAACUCUGUUGAUGUAAGAUUAUCGCGCAAUUGAUGAAAAGACAGAUUUUUAUGUAUUAUUUCUUAAUAAUGUGAAGAUAAGAAGAGAAAUAUACGAUUUAUGAAUGUGAAUUAA